AUGGUCAAGUUCACACCCCUCGCUACGCUGGCAAUUGCCAGCCUGGCCGCCGCAAGCCCAACAGUUUACCUGAUCCGCCACGGCGAGAAGCCUGAUUCCGGCGACGGAUUGAAUGCCCAGGGUCUGCAGCGUGCACAGUGUCUGCGUAAUGUGUUUGGCGCAAGCUCCGAGUAUAACAUUGGGCAUAUCAUGGCGCAAACACCACUGAGUAGCGGAAAACGUCAACGCCCUUAUGACACUGUCGAGCCGCUCGCCGAGGACCUGGGCCUUACCGUGGAUAUCUCGUGUGACCGCGAUGAUCCAGGUUGCGUCAAGGACGUUGUGGACGGAUACACUGGCUCCGGCAAUAUUCUGAUUUGCUGGGAGCAUGAUGAGUUGACGGAUAUUGUUAAGGAGCUGGGAGAUAAAGAUGCCCCGGAUUAUCCUGAUGAUAGUUUUAACAUCAUUUGGACGGAUCCGUCGCCGUAUACGACUAUCACCUCUGAGACGAGUGAGAACUGCCCUGGUUUGGAUAGUUAG